GUGUAAUGGGCGUUGGUCUGAGCAGUAAAGAGGGAGGUAUCUGACUGUAGACUGAACACUGCCUCAGACUAAAGGAAACUAGUUUAUCUUCGGAUUCAGAGGAACGAGUCAAAGGUAGAAAUGUGGCUGGAUUUUAAACUUCUCGGGUUUCCAAUCUUCAAAGAUACUGAAACUGACUAACUGACGAGAGAGAGAGAGAGAGAGAGAGAGACACACACACACACACACACACACACACACACACACACACACCAGGUGAGUUUCCGCUUCCAGCGUGAACACUUCACGUUGAUACCGGACAACAGAGCACUGCUGAACCGUUUCUGCAAUUAUUGAACGUAGAAACAAUGUCGGCUAAGAAGAUGCUUUUUGAAACAUUGAGUGAUUUGAGUUCUGAGGAACUUAAAGAAUUCAAGUCACUCAUUGAAGUGGAUAGAGGUUUCCCACCUUUCUCAAGACCCCGACUCAAGGUGGCAAACACAGAGAUCCUAGUGGAGCUGAUGGUGGAGACGUACAGGCAAACGUGCAUGGAGACGACCAAAAACAUUUUGAAGAAGAUGAACAGGACUGAUCUGGCACAGAGAUUGUUAGACAUCAUUCCAGGAACCAAAGACAAACAGCGGCCUUCACUGACCCAGAGAGUGGAAACAAUGAUGUCUGAUAUAGAGCUGCUUUUGGAAACACUGAGAGAUUUGAGUGACAGGGAGUUUGAGGAGUUCAAGAAGAUCCUGAGGCAAAUUCACUCCGAAAGACGUUACUCAAACAUCCCAUGGACACAGCUGGAGAUAACAGACAUGCAGGACACAGUGUUUUUAAUGGUGCAGUCUGACGGCCAAAAGUCUGUGGAGACAGCAAAUGAAGUUUUAAAGAAAAUGGAGAGGACUGAUCUGAUCCAGAGGUUGUCUGACAGCAGCUCGGGAUCCAAAAAAAAACCCUUUGUGGAUGAAUAUCUGUCUGCACUGAUCCACAAAGUGGCAACAUUGGCGUCUGGUAAAGAUCUGCUUUUUGAAACACUCAAUGAUUUGAGUUACGAGGAGCUCAAGACCUUCAAGUGGUUGCUGCAGUUCACGUUGUUCAAGAGGAACCUUCCACACAUGUCAUGGGGACAACUUAAGUGGGCAUACAGGGCAGAACUACUGGUGAAUGUGAUGGUGAGGAAAUAUGGUCAAAAGUCUGUGGACGUGACAAAAGAGGUUUUCAUGGACAUGAACAGGAUGGAUCUGGUGCAGAGGCUGUCAGAGACCAGCUCAGGACCCAAAGCUGCAGGAUCAUCAGCUGAGGCAUUUGAUGUGAAUACCAUGGAGAGAGAGAAAUACUCUGUGGAUGAACGUUGGCCGGCACUGAUCCAGAAAGUGGAAAUGAUAUUGUCUGUUAUAGAGCUGCUUUUGGAAACACUGACAGAUUUGAAUGACGAGGAGCUCAAGAAGUUCAAGUAUAUUCUCCUGAUGCAAACUCACUUCCGGGAAUGUUACUUAAACAUCCCAUGGAGGCCAGAAGAGAUAACAAACAUCGAGGACAUAGUGUUUUUAAUAGUUCAGAAUGACAGCCAACCAUCUGUGGAGACGACUAAGGGGGUUUUAAAGACGAUGAAGAAGACCGACCUGGUGCAGAGGUUGUCUGACAGCAGCUCGGGACCCAAAGAGAAAACCUCUACAGAUGAACCCCACUCUGCAGUGAUCCAGAGUAUUGCAACAAUGGUAGCUGUUAAACAGCUGAUUUUGGAAACCCUGAAUGAUUUGAGUAACAAGGAGCUGGAGACAUUCAAGGAGUUCCUGCAGUUGAUUUUCUAUCGGAAGGACCUCCCAAGGGUUUUGAGAGACACAGCAGACAGAGCACAAUUAGUGGAACAAAUGGUGGAGACUUAUGGCCAACAGACUGUGGAGUUAAUCAGGGAGGUUUUCAUGGACAUGAACAGGACUGAUCUGGCUCAGAAGUUGUCAAAGCCCAGCUCAGGGCUCGAAGAGAAACAUUCUGUGGAUGAACAUCGAUCUGCACUGCUGGAGAGAACCGCAGCAAUCGCAGCUGUUCUUUCGGAAACACUCAGUAAUUUGAGUGACAACGAGUUCAAGAAAUUCAAGUGUUUGCUGCAGUUCAUGCACUUCCAGAAGAGUCUCCCACAAUUCUCAUGGAGCCAAAUGGAGUGGGCAGACAGUGCAGAAAAACUAGUGGAUCUGAUGGUGGUGACCUAUCGCCAGCAGUCUGUGGAGGUGACCAAGGAGGUUUUAAUGGACAUGAGCAGGACUGAUCUGGUGCAGAGGCUGUCAGAGAGCAGCUCAGGACUCAAAGAGAAACAUGAGUCUGAACCACUCAAGAAAGAAGCAACCAUGACAUCACUGAAGGAGAAGCUUUUGGAAACACUGGAAGGUUUAAUUUACACGGAGCUCGAGCAAUUCAAGUGGCUCCUGCAGGACACGGAAACAAAGAAAGGCCUCCUAAGAAUCCCCAGACACCGAGUGGAGAUUGCAGGCAGGGUUGAAAUAGUGGAGCUGAUGGUGGAGAUCUACGGCCAGCAGUCUGUGGAGGUGAUGAGGGAAGUUUUAGAGAAGAUGAGCAGGAAUGAUCUGUUACAGAGGUUGUCAGACAUCAACCCAGGAUCCAAAGAAGAGCCUCCAAGAAGUGUGGAGCUUGAGGGUUGUGGAAGCAUUAUGCAGGACUCUAGUGACUGGACUAAACUUGAACCUGAAGUGAACAGUACAGACGCUGAUGAGGCUCCAGCUUACAGCCUACAGACUAAAGCAGGAAAGUUUGAAUGCAGUGUCUCUGGAUUGCGCUGGUUCUGUAAGGAGAAGGUCAACUUUAAGUACCAGUUUUGCUCUUGGGAGGAACACAUAGAGAGGAUGGAAAGCAUCCAAUACAUGCCUGCAGGUCCCUUAAUUGACAUCACAGUCAUUGCUGGAAGGUUGGAUGAAGUGUACCUGCCACACUGGAUCUGCAUCGAUGACAACCCUGCAAUAUUAGAUAAGUUUGCAGUCUUACACAUCAAUGACUGUGGAGAUGAAGUGGAAAAAGUGUCUGAGGUCACACCGUCCCAUGUCAAGUUAUCUGAACCAGUUUUUUCUCCACGAGCGGUCCUGAUGAAAACCGGCAUUCCUGUGAAAGUAAACUGUAAUGUGCUAAUAUACAAGACCAACACAGCAUUCCUGACACUCCAUGUUUAUCUGAUCCCACGUGAUCCUGGUCUACAACAGGUAAUGGACAAGAGGGAAUUGUCCUAUGGAUACAAAGUAAUCCGAAAGCCACCUCCAGAGAAGUCCUUGAAAGUGCGCAAUCGUUUCAUCUUAACUGCAGAUUUGGAUGGUGCAGAAAUUUAUCCUGAAAAAUUAAAGUUCAGAAAUAAAGGUGCAGACUCACAUUUCUUUGAAGUGUUCAUUGACAAUCCGGACACAAACUUCAAGCUCCAACUCAAACAAGAAAAGGAUCUUCAACCAGUAUGGACUGGUGCAAUUCGAAAAGAUGAAUACAAAAGCACAGGCCAUGUACAAGAUGCAGCUCCAGUGAACCCACCAUCAGUCCUGCCCAGUCCUACCCAGCUCUCAGCUGAAAGAGAAGGGGAGCACUUUGUGGAUAAACACCAGUGUGAUCUGAUCGAGAGAGUGAGCAAUAUAGGACCAAUCUUGGAUAAUCUUCUGAAAGAACGUGUAAUCCAACAGCAAGAUUAUGAUACAAUCAGGGCUAUCCCAAUCACUCAGGAGAAGAUGAGGACACUCUAUAGUGGUCCCCUGAAAGCUGGAGGACAUGCAGCCAAAGACAUAUUCUACAGCAUCCUCAAGGAGAAGGAGUUAUAUCUUGUGAAUGAUCUGAUGAAGCUGUCAUAAACAUUCACAAUCUGCUUUCUUGACCAAAGACUACCUGAAACUGAAAUGUGUUGCACAUUAACUAGUUUACAGCCUGCAUUUAUGAAAAUGUUCAUUCUGGUGCUUUAUCUAUCUGGUAUUUUUUCUGUGUAUUUUGUUGAGCUUUGUUCAUUCUGUUAAAAUGUAAAUAGGAAAAAGAAUAACGUAUAUAAGGGGGUCUAAUAGCAAAUAGAUUGCAUAUUAAGUUACAAAAUCACACAAAUUUAAGAUUUUCAUAAUUUGGCCUCGUGUGACUAAACUUCUUGAGUAUUUUAAAGCCCCUUUCAGACAUUACGAUGCAAUGUAACACAUCGGCCUCAUGCCUGAACAGGUGCCCAUUUCAGCAGUUGAGGAGAUUCUUCUGAUAUCAGAUGAGUCUAUAAAAACUAUUUUCCCACUUGUUGUCGAUCAUAGACGUUUUCGCAUUUUCCUUAAAUGCUUGUAAAGUCCUACACACAUUUUCCAAAGCAACACUUAAGAGUGAAUGCAUCCACAUGCUGUUUAAAGCUUCUAAGCUCAAUUCUGAAUACAGCAUAAAGUAACUUUGCAUAUUUACCUGUAUGUAAGCCAUGGUAUUUAUUACAGAACAACAAAUGUAAGCAAAAACAAAGAAAUGUUUUACACUUGGACUUGUUUGGUAUGAAAACUUAGAUUAAUGUACAGCAUUGCAGCAGUUGAGCAUAUUCAUCACAAUAGAUUCAUCUAUUUUUAAGACAAUGUUGUUUACCACCUGCAAGCUGCAAUACCAACAAGCAAAGUAUAUUUGAAAUAUAAAUCCAUGUUUUAAUUUAAAGUCUGCACAUGCAUAGCAGAAAGAGAGAUUUCAUGUGACUGUGGAAUCCUACAAACCCCAAGAUCCAUUUUUAAAGACCUGUGUUGUUACGUAUUUCUAGACAAAUAUAAUUGUGACUAUGCACUUUGAAUUCAUAUUGUAUUUUGUAUAUUUGUCUGACAUUUGUGGCUUUUAAAUGAAUUGUGUUUGACUUAA